CUCCAGGGUGCAAUGGGUAACCUGGGCAACGAGGACAUCACCCUGCAAAUGAUGGGGUGUGUCUCCACACUGGCGGGGGUUUACCGGAGAGCGGUGGUGCCUUCUCCCCCUCAGUUGAACUCAAGAUUCCCGACAGCACUUGAAGGCAGCACGGACUCAAUUGGCCCGGGAGCCAAUGAGGGGGUUGAAUUAUUCAAGACGACCAAUCAGCGACUGAUACGUCUCAGGGAAACGACAGCCCGCCCUGACGUCGUACAUUGAAGAAGAAGGAGGGACAGUCUUUUCGCGCAACCAUCCUCGGAAGAAAUUCAAUCAUGUCGGCGAAACUUUGCAAGCUGUUCGUCGGAGGGCUAAAUGUGGAGACCACGGAAGAAGGCCUCCGGGCGCAUUUCGAGCAGUUCGGCGCCCUCAGCGACUGCGUGGUGGUCCAGAAUCAGACCCUGGGACGGUCCCGCUGUUUCGGCUUCAUCACCUACUCGGCGCCGGAGGAAGCCGACGCAGCAAUGGCGGCUAAGCCACAUGUCGUCGACGGGAAAACCGUGGAGUUGAAAAUGGCCAUCGCUCGGGAGGACGCCAACAACCCGGACAUCGUGGCGAAUGUGAAGAAGAUCUUCGUCGGCGGGGUGAAGGACCACAUCGAGGCGGAAAACCUCACCGAGUACUUCUGCCAGUUCGGCGCCGUGGAGAAGGCCGAGAUCAUCUCCGACAAGCAGACCGGCAGGAAGAGAGGCUUCGGCUUUGUCUUCUUCGAGGACAACGACUCCGCCACCAAAGCGGUGCUGACCAAAUACCACACCAUCAACGGGAACAAGGUGGAGGUGAAGAAGGCCCUCACUAAGCAGGAGAUGUCUACCGGCGGCGGCGGGAGAGGAAUGGGCCGGGGUCGAGGGAGAGGGAUGCAGAACUAUGGCGGCGGAAGGGGAGGAGGAGGCGGCGGUUACGGGAAUAAUUACGGAGGUGGCUACGGGUACGGCGGGGGUUACGGUGGUGGUGGAGGUGGUGGUGGAGGAUACGGCGGCGGCGGCGGCUACGGAGGGGGAUAUGAAGAGUACGACAACCAGAUGGGGGGUGGGUACAGCAACGGGGACUUUGGGGAAGGCUAUGGACAGCAGCACUCUAAUUAUGGCGCAAUGAAGGGGGGCAACUACGCGUACAGAACCCAGGUUCCCUACAACAGAGGCGGGGUCGGAGGAGGCUACAGCAGGGGGACUGGUGGUGGUGGAUUUGGUGGUGGUGGUGGCGGCUAUUAGUCCACCCCCCCCUUUACUCCCCCACCCCCUCCUUUUACGUUCAUGGGGAAACUUCUGAUUUCAACGAACUUGAAUUUAAACACACAUUACACCCAGGUGGUGGGGGGGUGAGGGGGUCUUUGUUGAGUUCAAUUAAAGGGAGCAGAGCCCAUCACCCACGCCGAAUGAAUGAGACUGUCCAGUCCCCCCCCCCCCCCUCUUUGCAUCCUUUCCAACCCCCCCCUCACCCCCCAAUCCGGAUCCCAUCUGCCCUCCUAUUCCACACAUAAUGGACUUUACUACUAAGAAUUGUGAUUUAUUGAAUUGUACUUUUUGUUAUGUUGGGGAAAUAAUUUUCUGUUUUGAACCAUUUGUAAAGCUGGUCACUGCGUCUCUGUCUUGCAAACCAGCCACAAUGUCUUGUUUAUAUAUAUAUUAUUUCUUUUGCAUCAUGAACUCAGGGUUUUAAUUGAAGUUUGGGUGGCAGUUUCGGGCAGCAUGGGACUCGAUUGCUGGAGUUUCUUGAUCUUAAAAAAAAAAAAAAAACACACAAGUGACAAAGUAUUUUUUAUUUUUUUUGGAGAAAUGUCACAUCCUGUUAUUUGGGUUAUUUUUUUUUUUUGUUAACUGUAACAAACCAUUUCUUCCCGUCCCAUUACUGGCUUUGUUUAGAUUAAAACAGUUUAAUUGAAAUCCAUGUUUUCAGUUUACCCCUAUGUUUUACUGUGCUUUUAUUAAAGUUUUUAAUGUUUGGAAAAAUCCA